UUUUCCUUCGACCUUUUUGGUACUUUCCUCAACAAAAACAUUCCCUCCCAUCCCACAUUACUUGCAUUCUACAUUUCUCUCGCUCUUUAGAUAAAUAGAGACCCAAUUCAGACGCAUAGAAAAUGGGUUUCUAAGUAAGGUGAAGCAAAAGCGAGAAUGGAGGGGCAGAGAAGAGUGUUGGCAAUGAAAAUGGAGAAGCUGAAGACUCAGAACCCAGAUGGGUUUUGCAGGAAGGUCAUGACGGACGACCAAGUCGAGCAACUCCGGAAACAGAUCGCCGUCUACGCCGUCAUCUGUGAGCAGCUUGUUGAUAUGCACAAGGCCUUCACUGCCCAACAGGAUCUUUCUGGAAUGAAGAUGGGAAGUGUGUAUGGCGAUUUGAUGGCAUCUGGUGGCAGCAAGGUAACUGCAAGGCAGCGGUGGACGCCAACAAGUUUGCAACUUGAAAUCCUUGAGCGUAUCUAUGAUGAAGCCAAUGGAACUCCAGGAAAGCACAGGGUCAAAGAGAUUACCAUAGAACUCUCACAACAUGGCCAAGUUACCGAAACUAAUGUUUACAAUUGGUUCCAGAACAGAAGAGCUCGUUCAAAGAGAAAGCAAUCGGUGCCAGCACGGAACAUUACAGAAUCAGAUCUAGAGCCCGAAGUUAUUUCUCCCAAGGAUAAGAAGACAAAACCGGAAGACAUGUACUUUCAAAGUCCUGAUUCAGGAUAUGAGAAUCUCAAAUGGUAAUGUGGAAUUUUGACCAAGGUACAGUUAUUUCCGUGGUUGAAGAGUUGACGUGGUUGGAUGAUAUCGUUUUGAAGUUCUUCUGUUUCUGUGUUUUAGCUGAAGCUUAUGAAAGUUGAGGCUAAUGGGCAGUAGCUAUAUUAGAGCAGACUUUUAUAAUAUUAAACUUAUGAACCACAGAUUACUUGCAAACAUUACGUUUAUACAAAUAAGAAUAUAAGUUCCAUUCUUUGGUAAUAUUCAUUAGCUCUUAGGUGGCAGAUAGAUUUAAAUUUAUGGUUGGUGUAAUGUAUUAUCCUUAUAAUUUGGUUC